CGUGAUCCAGGGCGGCCGUGUAGGGGAGAUAGCGAGAUCCUAGCUCCGCGCUUCUAGGUUUGUGGCAGCGAUUUCGAUACGGCAUUGGGAUAGAGUGAUGGAUUUGCCGUGCGCGAGCCGGGAUUUCGCAAUGGCCGAGUGACGGCGCGCAGAUCUUGGCCAGGAAUCUCAGGCGGAUCUUGGCCAGUAGAAUCGGUAGCGCGCGAUGGAAGAUCAUCGGCUGCCUACGAAGAUCGCGAAAUGGCUCUUCAAGCACGGCCAGUGCAACGGGUCGGCUGUGGUGUCGCCAUUUCCAGUAGAUGGGAAUUCCGGGGAAGAGCUGAGUCACCGGGCUCGCAGAAGGCUUGGCAAGCGAGGCGAGGAGAAGCUUAUAGGGAUCCUUGGAGCUGAGAAUCACGAAGAGCGACGGCAAAUCAGAGCUUUCUUGGCGCAGCAGCUCAUUAGAGACGAUGACAUGGAUACAACUGAUGAGAGCUCCGAGUUUGAUCGGCUAGAGCGGAGAAGCCCGCUCCAUGCUGCCUUCAGGCCUAGAGCGCCAGUCAGAAGCGGUGGAACUACUCCUCCUCGAUUUUCCAGGCCAGCUUUCCAGCGUCAAGAAGGUUCCUCCAGUGCCACUACUAGCAGCAGCUACACAAGGAGUGACUUGUCGAGUGUUCUUCAGUACGAGAGAACGCCGCCAUUGUCACCCUCGAGCGUCUACUCGGGUCAGUCACCUUCGCCUUCUUCUUACCAACAUCACAGCCGAGAAAGAGUCCGUGGCAGCCAUCUCCAAUCGCUUUUGUGUCCUCGGCCACUUCCUCUAUAUCCUUCGAGCCAGCAGCAGCAGUUCCAUCAUUCCAGGGGCUAUCCAGGUGCUCCCAGGAACGUCUUCACGAACCACCUUUACUCUCCAGUUGGUGCUGCUGGCUCUGACGAGGAAGGGAUUUUUGCAAGGGCGUACCAAGAUCCUCCGAGGCGUUCUUUCACUCAACCAGCCAGGCCAUCGGUGACUUUCGGAUUCUCGGAGCCCCAGUCUCCCUACAUGUCUCCUCGGAUGAACAUGACGCAUCAGUCUCCAUAUCCGGCUUACUGUCCCUCACCUCGCCCGAGAGUCGUCCUCUGCGAGAAGCUCGGCUGUGGUUCUUACUCGGUCGUCUACAGAGGAGAAAACACACAAACGGGCCAACAAGUCGCAGUGAAGGUUCUCCAUGACGACGAAAGGUUAUCACCAAAGGAAGUUUCUGUUCUAAGUCGGCUUGAUCACGAGCACAUUGUCAAGUACAUCGGGACCACGACACUGGGAGACGGCAGAGCUGGCAUUCUGCUAGAACUCAUGAAGUGCUCUCUCGCAUCGGUGAUAAAGGAGUCGAAUGGACUGGACGAAAGUAAACUUCGUGUUUACACGCGACAAAUUCUCAGUGGACUGGAGUAUCUCCAUCGCAUGAACAUCGUUCACAGGGAUGUCAAGUGUGGAAAUAUUUUACUGGACCCCAACGGGAAAGCCAAGCUCGCAGAUUUUGGUCUUGCAAAGAAGAUUGAUUAUUCGGUUGCAAAGUCGUGCAAGGGAACUUUUGUUUACAUGGCUCCAGAGGUUCUCUUGACAGAAGGAACCUACGGUCUCGCCGCGGACGUGUGGAGCUUGGGAUGCACAGUGAUCGAAAUGGCGUGUGGAAAGCCGCCGUGGAGCGGUUUCGGGAUGAUGCCAUUCUACGAGAGAAUGAGAGACGGCUGCUCCCCACCGAUUCCUCCCAAGAUGAGCACCGAGGCCGUGAGUUUCAUCAAGCUCUGCCUGACCAGAGACCCGAGACGAAGACCCAGCGCUGCGGCACUGCUAUCGCAUCCCUUCUUCCAAGAACGCUCUCUCAAAGUGUAAAAUAUGAAAUAAUAAAACCUCCACUCCCUCAAAUUACAAAUUG